CAGCUUACCUACAAUCAACACUGACAACAUCAUUCAGACCACUUUUCGCCAAACCAAGUUGGUCGAUCCCGAAUUUCGACUUUCUGGGCGAGCCAUGACAUGACAGACUCCUUCCAUAUCACUUUCACCACUACCAACCCACCAUGAUGCGGUACUUUCUGUGGUUAUUCCUGCUCUUGCAGGCUCUCGCUUUCUCCUACGCCGAAGCGCAAGCCGAUCAACAUGUCCUCACUGGCGAUUCAGCAAAGCCAAAACAAGUAGACGACGAUGGAUUCCGCCCAGAUAUGGCUUCGGCCCCAAGCGGAGGGCAACAGCCUGGUAUGGAUAGUUGGACAUACAAGGGGGCCAAGAACCAAGAGACCACUGACAAGCAACCAGGUGCCGAACUCGUCCACUCCGCCAUGACCGAACUACGAAAGCUAUACCAGCCAUUACAUCACAAAGCAAAGAGACACCAGGGCGUUGUCAGCUUGAUCCUGAACUUUGCUCUCAAAGCCGUCCCAACACUGCGGCUCACCGCACCCCCGGCCGAGACGUCGCAACCCACCCCGGGUCUCAGCGGACCGCUCCUACAUGCAUCUAAACUCCUCAAUGAAGCUGCACGACAGAACAACUCGGACGCCCUGUAUAUUCUGGCCGAGGUGAACUUCUAUGGCAACUUUUCACACCCAAGGAACUUUAAGGAGGCCUUCGACAACUACCACAAGCUGGCACUGCUCAAUGGAAACAACUCGGCCUUGUACAUGAUGGGGCUCAUGUAUUCGACUGGAAUUGGUGGUGCUGUGGAGGCAGACCAGGCCCGGGCACUCCUGUACUACACGUUCGCUGCGAAUAGGGGUCACACGAGAGCGCAAAUGUCACUGGCUUAUCGACACCACGCAGGCAUUGGGACACCGAAGAACUGUGACGUCGCUGUCAAGUACUACAAACAGGUUGCCGACAAGGUCAUUGCGUGGUACCGGUCAGGACCGCCGGGCGGGAUGCGCUGGGUCGACGAAGCACACAGGAUUGCCGACGAACUUGGAGGAGUGUAUGGCGAAGGCGCCAGCGCGUACAGUGCCGGAAGGGAAAGUGUCCAGAAGUCGCCCGACUCUUAUGCUUCGAUCGAGGAUAUCAUUGAGUAUCUCAACCUGAUGUCCGAAAAGGGCGACUUUAAAGCAUCGUUCAACCUGGGUAGAAUCUACUACGAGGGGCAGAGAGGCCACGAGAUCAACUUGGCCGAGGCAAAGAGGUAUUUCUAUGAGGUUGCGCAGCAGUACUGGGUUAAGGGCCAACAAGUCCAGAAUCCCAAACCUGGGCUCGAUAAGUAUGCAGCCAAGGCGGCUGGAUACAUUGGGCGUAUGUAUAUGCGUGGAGAGGGCGUUGACCAGAACUUCAUCCGAGCCAAGUACUGGUUUGAACGGGGCUCUUAUCUCAAGGACUCCCAGUCACAGUACAGUCUCGGCCUGCUAUACCUCAAUGGAUAUGGAGUGCCUGUAGACGUCCCCAAAGCUACGGAAUACUUCAAGGCGGCCGCGAUGCAGGACUACCCCUAUGCCGAAGUGGCGCUAGGUGCUCUUCAUCUUGACCAAGGCGGUACCGAUGACCUGGCGGCGGCCAACCACUACUUUGAACUUGCUGCCCGGUGGGCCAGCAUCGAGUCAUAUUACUAUCUCGGCGAGCUCAACCUUCUUGGGGUUGGCCGUGAGAAGUCAUGCAGCGCUGCAUUGGGUUAUUUCAAGAGCGUGUCUGAAAGGGCUGAGCCUUUUGUGUCCUCCUGGGCCGAGGCUAACCUGGCCUAUGACGACGGCGACGAAGAACUUGCUCUACUUGAGUAUCUUGGCGCCGCUGAGCAGGGCUAUGAAAAGGCACAGAACAACGUUGCAUUUAUGCUCGACCCUGAGCAAUCACUCCUGGAGAUCCCACAGUGGCUUUACCGUAGGGCUGUCAAGUCGCCCCUUCUUCGAAACCCCCGUCUCGCCCUGACGUACUGGACUCGCUCCGCCCGCCAGGGCAAUAUUGAUUCUCUGGUCAAGAUGGGGGAUUACUAUCUUCAUGGGAUCGGGGCAGAGCCAGAUGUGGAUAAGGCCCUGCAGUGCUACCAGGGCGCGUCGGAAUACCAGCAGAGCGCGCAAGCCAUGUACAACCUGGGCUGGAUGCACGAGCACGGGGUCGGUCUCCAGCAGGACUACCACUUGGCCAAGAGACACUACGACGCAGCGUAUGAGAUCAAUGAGGAGGCGUAUUUGCCGGUGUCGUUGAGCUUGUUGAAGUUGAGGGCGAAGAGUGCGUGGAAUACGUUCACUAACGGGGCGAUCAACAGCAUCAGGGAUGAGCCAGUUGAGAAGAAGCACUGGUCACUCCGUGAGUGGAUCAACAACUUCCUCCAAGAGGAGAAUGCAGCGGGGCAGUUGUAUGAUGACUAUUACUCGGACGAGUACUAUGAUGAGGCCGCCGCCGGUCAGAACGGUGCCGGUCAGAUGCCCGGGGGUGAUGGGCCAGACUUUGACGAGGAUGGUGUGCUAGAUAGCUUGAUCAUCAUGGGCUUGGUUGUUUCACUGGCGUUCUUGUUGUUUUACCGGGCGCAAAGACAGCAGAGGCAGGAGGAGGCGAGGCGGAGAGAGCAGGAGGGUGGGAACAUUCAACCGCAACAACAACCGCCACCUGCGGGUGCGGCCCAAGCACCAUUUCCUCAGCUUGGGCAGCCGGGGUUUGGGGGAUGGGGGGCAGGGGGUUGGUCAUUGACUCGCGAGGGACUGGUAGUCCCAGGUUUGAAAGAAUAUCAUUAGGGUGAUAUAGGUGAAGUAUGGAAGGGAUUGAAUCAAGUGUAUCAUAAGGGCACAGUUGCAAAAAGGCAUUGAGCGAGGCGUAUUCCUAGGGUGGCUUUGGUGAUUUUUGUUUCUGCGUAGUUGGUAAUAGAGAAUUUGCUGUUUCAUAGCCAACACCAAUCAGAAGAUCAAGGUUUCGAGGGGUAGAUGGUGGUUGAACAAGGGAGAUAACCCC